AUACAGGAAGGUGUAACUGUUUAGAUACAGUGUAACUAACAUUUAGAGUAGAACACAGUGAUUUAUUUAAGAAUUGUUAUUAUUAAAAUACUGUGUGUAAAGUGAGCUAUAAUAUGGAACACCCAGCAUUUUCUGAAGCGGGUCAGACGGCUGGUUUAGAAAUAUGGACGAUAGAUAACUUCGAACCAGUUGCGAUAGAGCGGAAAAAAUAUGGCAAGUUCUACGAGGGAGACUCCUAUAUUGUUUUACAUACAAACCAAUCCGCCACCUCCUCCUUCACCUACAACGUCCACUUCUGGCUCGGCGCGCACACCUCUCAAGACAAGAUGGGCGCGGCUGCCAUCCUCACAGUCGCUCUAGACGACAUGUUGGGCGGGCGGGCGGUGCAGCACCGCGAGGUGCAGGGGCACGAGAGCAGCCUGUUCCAGGGGUAUUUUAAACCUGCGAUCAGAUACCUGCCGGGCGGGCUGGAGUCAGGGUUCACGGAGGUGGAGACCAACGCGGGCGCGCCGCUGCGGCUGCUGCGCCUGUCCGGCUGCGAUAAUAUGAGGAUUGAGGAGGUGCCAGCUGAAGCCGCCUCCCUCCACCGAGACCAGUGCUUCAUCCUGGAGCUGGACCACGACAUCUUCGUGCUCAUGCCGAGCUCGGCGCGCGCCACGCAGCGCCGCAGGGUCGUCGCCGUCGCCAACAAACUCAGGGAUGAGGAGCAUAACGGGAGGGCUGCUAUUGAGAUUUUAGAUGAGUUCUCACCUGAUGAAGACUUCGAUCGAUUCUUCGAGGCUCUCGGCUCCGGCUCCAGGGAUGAGAUGGACGACGCUUCCAGUGAGGAGGAAUUCACGAGGGAUGGAACCACGGUGUACUUGUACAAGGUGUUAUACGGUGACGAGUUUGAACUGGACGCACUCAACAAGCCAUUCAAACAAAAGCACCUCGCAUCAGAUGAGAUCUUCAUCCUAGACACCCCGGACUCCGGUAUCUUCAUCUGGAUCGGCUCCAGUGCGGAUGAGGAGAACAAGAAGAACUAUCAUGACAUUGUCCAGAAGUACUUGGAUGUUAAGGGAUACCCCGCUUGGCUGCACGCUACCAGGGUCACAGAAGGCGCGGAGAGCUCUCUCUUCAAGCAAUACUUCGCCCAUUGGGACGUCAACGACAACGCCUACAUUAAAAGUUAUGCUUCAGGCAUUGACGCAGGCUACGGCUCCGGUGAAGACGACGCCGUGGUGGCUAAGCUGGUGGGCAAGAGCGCCGCCGCCAGCCGGUACAUGCCUGACGAUGGCUCCGGGACAUUCACUGUGUUCAGGUUCGCCGGCGGUGAGCAAGAGGACAUCAUGGAGACGCUCUCAUCAUCAUCGUCAGGCGCGCGCGUGCUGCACGCCGGCGCGGUCUACGUGGUCCAGUACCAGUACGAGGGGGAUAGCUAUGUGGUCUACAAUUGGGUGGGAGCUGACUCUAGUUCAGAGGACAGGGCUGCUGCAGCGGAGCUGGUGACGCAGUUGGAAGAUGAGCUGGAAGGAAAGACAACACUAGUGAGGGUGCCCCAAGGGAAGGAGCCUAAACACUUCUUAGGGUUGUUCAAAGGUCAUUUGGUGAUAGUUUUCGGUUCGAAGGAGAAUGAUUACGCUCCGGACAACGCGAAUCAUGAUUAUGAAGACACAAACGUGCGACUUUUUAGAGUGGAAGGCACGGCUCUAGGCGUGGAUAUGCGCGCGACGCAGGUCCCCGAGACGGCGGCCUCGUUGGAGGAUGAUGACGUGUUCGUGCUGCAGACUGCGGACACCCUGUAUGUGAGGGUGGGGAAGGAAUCAGACGACACCGAGAAGACAGCGGCUCUAGAGUUCAUAGAGUCGUUUGUGACAGAAGACGGUAACAUCGUGACCUUCGACCAGGGGGACGAGAGCGACGAGUUCUGGGAGAUAUUGGGCGGUAAACCAGACGACCUAGAAGACAACUCCACCUGGAAAGCCACGGUGUCCCGGCGCGCGCACGCCGCCACCACUCUCACGGCCGUGUCUGUCAACAUGCGGGGGAAGGUGCGGUUUGAAGAGCUGCCGGAGUUCGCGCAGGAGGACCUGUCCGACGACGGCGUCUACAUCCUGGACACUGGAGAAGAGCUGUACUUCUGGCGCGGCGCCGCCGCCCCCGCGAGGGUGUUGGCCGCCAAGGAGGACAUUGUUGAGCAAUACAUAUCAGACGACGGCCUCGACCGCACGGCGACAUCAGCCCUCGUGGUGAGCGUGAGGCAGGGCGCAGAGCCGGCUGUCUUCAGGGCACACUUCCCGGACUGGGAUGAGGAUAUGUGGACGAAUCAAACGUCUUACGAAGAUAUAAAGAACGAAGUUAAAGCUGGGAACGCAUAAAUUGUAGCAAAUCACAAUGUUAGUAAAACGUGUCCAAGAAAGCUAACUUUGCAAUAGGAACAAGUGGCAACCCUCUUGUAAAGUCAGACUGCUCUUACCUACACAAGAAUUAAAUGCACUAUUAUGUAAUGAAUAAGAGUAA